AUCCUCAUCGCUCCAGACUCGCCACCCAGACAGGGGAAGCGAGAAGAUGGGGCCAGUCGCCUACUUCAGCCUCUGCCUCCUCGGCUGCCUGAUCUUUAGCUCCUCGCUGGCAGGGGCACGAGAUGUGACCUGUCCCGAGGGCUGGCUGCUCUUCCAAGGCAACUGCUAUGGAUACUUCUUCCAAGAGAAAACCUGGAUAGAGGCUGAGGUUGAGUGCCGGCACCAUGGGAACGGGGCCCAUCUCGUCUCCAUUCACAGUAUGGGAGAAAAUAAUGUGUUGGCCCUUUAUGUCAAGCGGUACCACAGAAAGAACAGUCCCGUCUGGAUCGGACUCUUGGAUCUUGAGCUGAAUCAAAGCUGGAGAUGGGCCGAUAAAUCCCUGGUCAGCUUCAGUGCUUGGGAUAACGGGCAACCUGAUAAUCAGAACCUAAACGAGGCCUGUGUAGUGUUAGAAAGGCCAGGUUUUCAGAAAUGGCACGAUUAUCCCUGUGAACAAAGAUACCCUUUCAUUUGUAAGCGCAAACCCUAAAGGCAGCUCACCUGCACCUGGGGGCUCUGAACACCUGGGCUGUGAGUGAAUCGGGUCCCUCCGGCUCCCCUGUCAGCUGUCCCAGAUCCUGUAUCGCCCAGCUGCAAAGCCCCUUCGGCAAAGCACCGCUGUGUUACGCUGUGUCACUCCCGCUCUGCUGUGCCCCCUUCUCUCCCUGUCGCACCCACGCUCUGCUCUUCUCAGCGAUCUCAGCACAGUGACGUGAAAAUAAACUUUCCCUGGAGCAUUCA